AUGCUGCGGCCCGCGGUGGUGAUCGACAGCGGCAGCCGCUGCACGCGGGGCGGCUUCGCGGGCCAGCCGCGGCCGCAGUGCGAGCUGAGGGCGGCGCCGGGGCGGGCCGGCCCCGCCGCGGGGAGCGCGCCCCGCCGGGCCGCGGCGCCGCUGCAGCACGGCCUGGUGGCGGACUGGGACGCCGUGAGGAGCCUGUGGAGCCACCUCCUGCGCUGCUGCCUCGGAGUGUCCCCAGAGGAGCACCCGGUGCUCCUGGCCGAGUCCCCGUCGUGCCCCGCGGCGGGCAGGGCGAAGGCGGCCGAGGUGCUGUUCGAGAGCCUCGGGGUGCCCGCCCUGCACGUGGCCAACAGCGGGCUGCUGUCGCUCUGCGCCCACGGCCGGGUCACCGGGCUGGCCGUGGAGGCCGGGGCGGCCGUGUGCCAUGUCACGCCCGUCUGCGGGGGCCGGACGCUGCGGCAGGGCACCCGCCGCCUGGGGCUGGCCGGGGACCACCUGUCCGGGCACCUGCGGCGGCUGCUGCUGCAGAGCCCCGCCGAGCCCGCGGCGCUGCAGGCGCUGACCGAGAGCGCGCUCAGCCAGCUCAAGGAGCGAUGCUGCUACGUGUCCUUGGACUACGAGGCACAGCUGCGGGACGAGGGCUCCCAUCGCCCGGCCAGCUUCCAGACCCCCGACGGGCGCUGGAUCACGCUGGGCAAGGAGCGCUUCUGCUGCCCGGAGCCGCUGUUCCGGCCGGAGCUGCUGCAGCACAGCGGCCCCGGGCUGCACCAGCUGGCCGGGCACAGCCUGCGGGCGGUGCCCCGGCACGCCAGGAGGCCCGUGCUGGGCAACAUCGUGCUCUCGGGAGGCUCCUCCUUGUUCCCCGGCUUCCCCGAGAGGAUGUGCCUGGAGCUGAACCUCCUCUUCCAAGGAGCGGGCCUCCACAUCGAGGUGCUGGCGAACCCCGGCAGGGGCACGGCAGCCUGGGCUGGGGGCUCCAUGGCAGCCUCGCUCACGUCCUUCCAGCACACCUGGAUGACAAAGGGCGACUACCAGGAGCACGGGGCCGAGUACGUGCACGCGAAAUUCCAGUAG